AUGCCCCCCUCCGUUGUCUGGUCCUCGUCCCUUUCGCCGUUCACUAGGCGGGAUGUCUCCCAGUUGCAGCCCUCGUUAUUCGCGGCCAAGACGCAAUGGCAAAACCCUAACGACAUUCUCACGUAUCUCAUGAUUAUUGGCGGGGACAUUGUUCAAUGCGCCAUUGCUCAGCUCGCGGGUGGCCCUCCCCUCAUCUUCGGUAUCUCCCUGGCCCCCGUCGCAUUCUCCUUCGGCUGGGUCGCAUAUGCGUUCAAUGCGAUUGUCUCAGCAGUUGGAGACAGGCACCUCAUGCCUCCACCCGAUUUCUCAAUCACCGUUAUCAAUGUCAAGUCUGGCUAUGCGCGCACUAACCAGUCCUGGGUCCUCGGCCGCCUCCUGCGUGACUAUCGCCGUCCACGCGAGCAUCAGCACCAUCACGGGCUGGCCAUCUCGUUCUUCCGCGUCUCCGCCACCACGACUCCAUGCUCUCCCGCGCGCGACUGGGUGUACUGGUCGGGCGUGGCUGCAAUCGUGCUGCAGCUGGGCAUCUCGGUUAUCCCCGGUGCGAUCUGGGGCAACUGGAUGGUGCUCAUCAUCACCGCCGGCGGGACGCUCCUGGCACUCGCAGGCAGCGCGCUACCGCAGUGGCAGCGGGAGAAGUGGGCGGCGCGCCGCAUCGGGAACAACCAGCGCGAGGUGGCAUGUCUCACAAGUGGGAAUGGCAGUCACAGUGCGAUGGUGAUCAUCAGCGACGGAAUCGGGGUCAAGCUCGAAGAUCUCGCAGCUGGGCGCGAGGUGCACGGCUGGGCAGCGAAGGUUACGCUGUACGCGAGCUUUGUUCUGGCGGGUUUAUGGAUCGUCCACCUCAUCACGGUCAAGAGUUUGGCGGAGGACGCGUGGUAUUCACUUCUGGUGGGCGCGAUCGGGAUGCUCCAGAACGCUCUCGCUGCAGGUGCAAGGCGUUCUCCAGAGGCGAUGGGAUUCCAUUUGGAAGAUGUCGGUGUCGCCUAUGAUCCCAAAGUAUUCAAGGCACUGGUCAAAGCAGAGGAGAUAGAGUCACAGACCGGGCUCUGUCUGCUGCCCAUAUUUUUUCCUGGUGGGUUGCAUAAGCACGAGGAGGCAUGGCGAGAUGAACGGCUGGCGCAGUAUGCAAAGGAGAAGGCAGAAAAUGCGCUGGGGGAGGAGAAGGUCCUAUUGUCUGAGACCGACAGGACGACUAUUCUUACCCCCACAAAGACUACGGAGAAGUUCCACGAGAUGAGUGAAGACGAGGGCACAGAGACUGUUGGUCACGACUCUACAGAGGCCGCAGAAAAAGUGAAGGUAGGCCCAGAGAGGAGUGAGAAGGGAAGCCCAGAGAGGAGUGAGGAGGGAAGCCCAGAGAGAAGCGACAUAGCUGACCGUAAGAUUGUUAACGAUGCCGCUGCAGAGGUCCCCAAAAAGGCGCCUGACAGGAUUGAAGAUUAUACAUGGCGCGAGAAAAGGAUGGCCUCGUAUGCAGAGGCAACUCUGGUCAAUCCCAUAGCUACCAUUCCUCCCGCGGAUCAGCAAAAUUCCCCCGCGACUCCUGCAGUCGACGAUCUGAAAGCUUUGUAG